UGGGUCAGUCUGGACGCAGCGGCAGGAGAAGCGGAAGCACAACGGACUGCUUCUUUGUGACGGGCUGCCUGCUGCUGCCCCGGUGCUUGCUGGGAGUUACCUGGAGGGUUUGUCCUCCGGGUCCACUGAACCGGCGGAUCCGCUGCCAUGCAGUCCGGCUCCCGCAGACCCCCCGGACCCUGAAGCGGCAGAACCCGUCCGGUCACAGACAUGGAGCCGCAUCGACGCGCUGCCGACGCGCACGCGGCGGAGCGGCAGCGGCAUAAGCGCGAGCGGCUGGAGGCCACCGUGUCCGGGCUGGCGGAGCUGGAGUACGUGCGGCAGCGGCAAGAGGAGCUGGUCCGAGCCGCCCUGGAGCUCCGGGAGGAGGAGCAGGAGGAGCUUCAGCUGAGCUCGGAGGAGAAGCUUCUGCAGGAGAACAUCCUGCUGCUCAGGCAACAGCUGAACUGUCUCAGGGGGAGAGAUGCUGGACUAGUCAGUCAGCUACAGGAGCUGGACCGACAGAUUAGUGACCUGCGGUUGGACAGCGAGGUGUCACGUGACCAGCUGGAGACGGACAGCAGACCCAGUUCAGGGUUCUUUGACUUGAGUGAUGGGUCGGUCUCUCUCUCCAACUCCUCCAACUCCGUCUUCAGUGAAUGUUUCUGUUCCUUUGCUGAAGCUGAUGGAGGACUUCUGUCUGCAGACCAGCCGGCCAGCUGUCUGCACUGCAACGGCUCUGUCGGAAGAUUUCGUGAUGACUCUUCCUGUUCUGGCGGAGUCCACCACUCACUCUUGGCUCCUCACCCGGCUCCUCGCCCGGCCUCACUGCUAGACCCGGUCUCCCCGCGGGACUCCCAGUCUAAGUACCGCUGCGACCUGGUCGCUCCGAACGGAAGCGACGUGUUUUACUACCCAAGCCCGCUGCACGCCGUGGUGGUCCAGAGCCCUGUCCUCUUGCAGAUGUUGGGUCACGGAGGCGUGGGUGCCGUCGUUGAAGGUUCUGGUUCUGGUGCAGCUUCUUUAAUAUCCCAGAGUUCCACUUGGCCGGCUUCUUCUUCUUCUUAUCCUCACGCUCAGUCCUACAAGCGGCUGGAUGGGUACAUCUACAGUCUGUUGCAGCGGAGGGUCCUGCCCGUAAGAACAAGCAGACCCAGGACCAGCAUCAGCACCGAUUCGUCAAAGAGCAUCCUGAGGCAUGCCGGCUUCUGCAUGAGACAGGUUUCUGGCUCCGGUUUUGUGACUUUGAGGGGUUCUGAGUUCCGAGGAGGAGCCUUGGCAGGAGCCGCCUCGUCUCCUCAGAGGUCUGUGGUCAGUAAAUGUGAAGAACAGGUUUUUCCUGAUGGCAGCGUUGACUUCAAGAUAAGCAACAGUGAAUCGGACAAGAACCAGAACAUCCAGAAAGGGUCUAACAAGGACUUUGAUCCAGAAAGCGGCCUGCUGAGACACACGAGCGGACCUCCUCCUUCUCCCUCAUCAGUGUCAACAGCUUCUUUGCCUCAAGAGUUCAGGGAGCCCGACAUUCCCAAAACUAUCUCAUCCACCAUAGACACCAAGCAGCCAUGUUGCUUGGCUGACUCGGCCCUGCUCCUUAAGAUCAGCACAAAGCCUCCAAAGGCGUUACGGACAAAGAAGGUAGAGGUGGCCGGUCGAGGUUCCUUCCCCAUGAGUCUGAACAAAGGGGGUUGCGUGGCGAUCGCUGAAAGCCUUGCCGCGCACCAGGAAACCAUCAACUCCUGCAGAUGCCGGAAGAAGGUCAAGGUUAAGACUGCUGUGACACCGAGGACAGGUCGGGGUUUGGAACCCAAUGAGAGGGACGAGAGAAGAGGGGACCAGACCCACCGCCGGUAUGGUUCUAAAAAGUCCCGGCUACCAGACGGACGAGGCUCCAGGAUCAGGCAUAUUCCGUCGUCCAUCCCAGAGGGCAGAGUUCUUGGCAAACACGCCACACAGGGGACAUCCAGGCUCUGUCGCCAUGGAAACCACCACCACAGACGCGACCAGGUGGCGGUUGUCCAUAAACCGAAGCACAAACGGAACGACUACCGGCGGAUGCACGCGAUAACGGCUGCACCAGACACCGAGGCAUUCAGGCGCGCCCAGCAGCAUCAAAGGGAGGAGCUCCGCCUCCUCUCCGGGCAGACGAGUGGACCGUACCCCCGGAGCGACUCUGAGUACUCGGCUGAGUGUGGGUCUCUUUUUCACUCCACCAUCGUAGACACCAGCAAGGACGUCGCAUGCGAAUGCAACACCAACCGCUUCAGAGACAGAGAUUCCGUCAAAGCGAAGCACGCCGAGGAGAGUGGCGCCAGCAGCAACAUGGAGGAGAUUGGGGGAGGUGAAGCCGGAGGCAGAACGGGUGGAGCAGGGCGGGGGCGGGCUGUGACUCCGGCUCAGGCAAAGGUCUUCAUCAAAAUCAAGGCCUCUCACAACCUGAAGAAAAAGAUUCUUCGGUUCAGGUCCGGUUCUCUCAAGCUCAUGACGACCAUGUAAGUACAUCAAACUGGACCGCAACCCUGACCCUAACCUCUAUAAACAUCUGCAUCUGCCAAAAUGUUAUUCUCGUAUUGUCCUUCAUACCAGACUUGUAUCACACUGUAGAACCAAUGCAUUCUAGGGAAAUAUCCUUUCCACACCCUUGUGGGAACCUUAGGUUGUCACUUAAUGUCUCCAGACGGCUCUGAGAGAGCAGGAUUUUAGGGAGUAGUUCCAGGGAAUUCUGGGGGGGGACUUCCACAGGGUUUCUGGGGAGGAGGUUCAGGGGGUUCCUCUGAUGUUCCAGUGGUGUGUUGAGGUUAGAGCCACAGGGGGGACGCUGUAAUUUGUUUUAGCUUCGCUUUGUAUUUAUCAUCACCAACAAACUACUGUAAAUAUAUUUUUUAUGUCAAUAUUGUUGCUAUUUAAAACCUAAUAUAUUUGCUUUGCUGCUUCUUGUAUAAAACACAUGGUGCUAGCUGAUUACAUCUCUACUCCUGAAGUAUCCUUUCUCUGCACCUUCUCCUGGGAUAACCUGAGAUGGUGCUGCUCUUAGAUCAGUUGAGGGAACCUAUUUCUCCUCAAACUGAGACCACUGGAGACAAAUGCUUUAAAGUAGAUUCUUUCAAAUCUGAAUGUUUGUGGUUGUUAAUUCAAUCAACUGGAUGUUUGUAAAACACCAAAUGGUGCCAGGUUUUACCUCGUUGUUCUUUUAUAACUUUAAUUUUUUUAGCUUUGUUAGCUCAAAUGAGACGUAAUCUGUUAGCCUAGCUGUGUUAGCCUAGCUUAGCAUAACGACUGGAACUGCUAACCAGUCCAGCUGCAAAGCAGUAAAAUCUCCAUUAGAUAUUUGCAUUUUAUAAAAUGUGUUCUUUGGUUUAUGGGUGAUUUUCUGGGAGCUACUAACAGUUAGCAUGAGCAAAGGCUAGCAUGUAAAUGCUAUAGUAGGUAACAACUCAAAGAAACACGUUAAAGAAUGAAGGAACCGGAAGUGAAUAACCAAUGACAUCAUUAGCAUUAUGACAUGACUAUCUCUUUGUGCUAAGCUAGGCUAAACGCAUGCGAAUAAAGCUGAAACAAUGAGUUUAUUCUGACUUUUUAUUGCUACACAGAGUUUCCUUCUGUCUUUCUGUUGAGAUGUAUUUCAAGUUUCUGAUGAUUUUGACUUUGUAAAACUUCAUAUUUACAGACUUUACAGUGAGUGAGUCAAUGAUCGUAUGACUAGAGACUGUUAGUGAUGUCACGCAACGUUUCUACGCUUCAAUAAAUGUGGACUUCAACAGU